CCUGCCAUUUUGCAGCUGCAGAUCAGUGGAGAGCCGUAACUGCCUCCGCCUCCGCCGCCGCCGCCGCUGCUGCUGUUGUGCAGGAGAGGGUUAACAUUAGUGUGUGUUUGUUAGGGUUUUAUUGUUCCUGUAGCGUGAAGACAGUUCAUUGACAAAAUGUCGGAUUUCGACAGCAACCCUUUCGCGGACCCGGACUUCAGCAACCCUUUUCAGGAUCCCUCGGUGACACAAGUAACGCGGAAUGCGCCACCCGGCCUGGAGGAGUACAAUCCAUUUACAGAUACAAAACCAGCUCCGCCUGGAUCAGGUCCCAAAGUCCCACCCACUGCUAACACACAGCCAGCCAUCAUGAAGCCCACCGAGGAACCACCAGCUUAUUCUCAGCCGCAGCAAACGCAGGAUCAGGCACGGGCCCAGGCCGAGUUGCUGAGGAGGCAGGAGGAGUUGGAGAGGAAAGCUGCAGAGCUCGACCGCAGAGAGAGAGAGAUGCAGUCACUCAAUGCAUCUGGAGGGAGGAAAAACAACUGGCCACCACUGCCUGAGAAGUUUCCUGUGGGUCCAUGUUUCUAUCAUGACAUAUCAGUGGAUAUCCCCGUGGAGUUUCAGAAGACAGUUAAGAUAAUGUACUACCUGUGGAUGUUCCACACAGGAACACUGUUCCUGAACAUCUUCGGCUGCUUGGCGUGGUUUUGUGUAGAUGCAGUGCGUGGUGUUGACUUUGGCCUGGCCAUGCUGUGGUUCAUGCUCUUCACUCCCUGCUCAUUCGUCUGCUGGUACAGACCUCUGUAUGGAGCAUUCAGGAGUGACAGCUCUUUCCGGUUCUUUGUGUUUUUCUUCGUCUAUAUUUGUCAGUUCGGUGUCCAUGUGAUGCAGGCCAUUGGAAUCGCAGGCUGGGGAGUCAGUGGUUGGAUCUCUGCGUUAACCGGCCUUAAUAAAAGCGUUCCUGUCGGCAUCAUCAUGAUCCUGAUUGCUGCUCUGUUUACCGCCUCUGCUGUCAUUUCUCUCAUCAUGUUUAAAAAGGUCCACGGGCUGUAUCGGACCACUGGUGCGAGCUUUGAGAAGGCCCAACAGGAAUUUGCCACCGGCGUCAUGUCCAACAAAACAGUCCAGACAGCAGCCGCUAACGCCGCCUCGUCUGCUGCUCGCGGAGCGUUCAAAGAGCAGUUCUGAUUGGCUGAGAGAGAGCAGGCCCAACAUCAAGCUCCUCCCACUUUCCCCCUUUUUUCAUUCUUUCUUAUUGUACUCCUUUGACUUGUGAGUCAUCUGUAAGCCUGUUUCAGAUGUGGAGGAUCCCAGACUCCGCCCCUUCAUCGACUCGGUGCACUCCAUUGGCUAACUGAGACUCUACCCCCUUCACUCAGCAGAUGCACUCAGCUGGCUGUUACGCUGAGGUCGUGUGUGUGAGUGUGUGUGAGUGUGUGUGGGUGUGUGUGAGUGUGUGUGAGUGAGUGAGUGUGUGUGAGUGAGUGUGUGUGAGUGAGUGUGUGUGAGUGAGUGUGUGUGAGUGAGUGUGUGUGAGUGAGUGUGUGUGAGUGAGUGUGUGUGAGUGAGUGUGUGUGUGUGUGUGUGUAUGUGCGCGCACGCGCUUGUCACACUCCAGUCACUUUCCCAUUGUCCAUUCAGAUUGAGCGUGUGCUGACUCAUGUUUCUCAUUAAAAAAAAAAAAAAAAAAAAAAAAAAAACAGGAAGUGAUGUCAGCAAGGAUUCUGUCCACUUGCUGUACACAUCCAAAGCGAACAGAGGGUUGAAAUGCCAUCCAAGUCAUCAACACAAUUCACUAAUAUCUCACACCAACAGGCAUUUCAUUCCUGCCCCUCAUUGGCCAAUAGGAAUGUCCCUCACUGAAUGCACCCAGUGGGAGAUUCAGGUGGCUCUUCUGUUGCUUUUUUAUCUCCGAUUCUGCCUUACAUGCUGUUCCUGUUUUCUGAAAAUAAGUUGAAGCUCCUUCACUUUGCUUCUGAGGCUUGUUCGAUGACCUACAAACACAAGAGUUGGGUUAGACGUGCUUGAGAAGCUCACUAUGCCUCGGUCCAGGUCCUGUAUCUGAAGUUUUAGGGUCCCGGUGAGAAGUAAAAGCCUCGAUAGAAGAAAACACUAUCUACAAUGAAAGCCUCCCAUCUCUGUUUUUCUAAUGGCACGCUUCAGAGACGCGGAAAAAUAGAGAAAAGAUUAUAGCAUGCUAGCACUCUUGUUGGUGGGUGUGUGUGUAUGAGAAAGAGAGAAUGUGUGUUGAGUGAAUUUGAGUGAGUCUUAAGUUGUUUAACUCCACAACAAGUGAUCUCACUUAGGUUUAUAAAUUGAAGUUUUCUUAUCAUUUCAGUCCAACAGGACACUUUAGGUUUUAGACAAUGGUUUUGAAUUUCUCAUUAAUUAAUGCAGCCUUGUAGCCUUGAGCGCUGAGAAACAGCUCUCAAGAUUAUGGGUUGUCUGUGUUUUGAGACUGCGUGUGUGUGUGUGUGUGUGUGUGUGUGUGUGUGUGUGUGUGUGUGUGUGGUAGCUUCAGUCACCUCUUUACAGUAUUGACUUCAGAACUGAUACUUGGAUGUUAACACACAGACACACAGUCACACGAACACAAGUUUUAAAAAUUUUUUUCCCCUCCUUUUUGCUAUUGUAGUGUUUCCAAUUCUAUCAUCUCGAGAUGAGCUGCUGCAAGUCGUUCUUCCUUUUUUUUUUUUUUUUUUUUUUUUUUUUUUUUUUUUUUUUUUUUUUUUUUAUAUAUAUAUAUAAAAGAACUUCAUUUCAACAAAUGGCACCUGAAUGUUUGUUCUACAUUAAUACGAAUCAAAUCGGAAAGUCUGUAGAAAGAUACAACGUGAGCCUGUGCGUGCGUGUGUUACAUUGGAUUGUGGCUUUUAAGUUGUGAUUUUGAACUCAAUGACAUUAUUAGUUGAAACACUGAGGAGGUCAUGAUGCGAAGUUCGUUCGAGCAAACCUAAGGGAUAUUUGUAUAUUUUGUAAAAAACAACAAAAAAAAUAAUAUUAAUUGACGAGUGGUUGCCUGUCGUCCUGAAUAAUUUCAUCGUACUGUACAAAUGCACUCUUGUCUCCCUCUGCAGUCGCAUGUCGAGUAGUUUGAGUUUUGUAUAUUUAUUGUAUUAACACAGGAAUAAAAUAAGAAAAUGGACUACUUA